AUGGAUGAAUCAAUAGAGUCCCAGGUUCCUCAGGUGAACAGACCUGCAGCGCAGCGUCCAAGGCGGCCACGAGCUGCGCGCGCAUGCGACCUCUGCCGGUCCAAGAAAUACAAGUGCGACGAAUCAUAUCCCUGCUCAUAUUGCCAAAGCCGCAAUGUCGAAUGCGUGUACAAAGGCCAGGACAUGUCGCGCAUGCGCAUGACAUCAAGUGGGACGAUAGCUAUCAUAGUGGAAAACUAUGAGAAGGUAGCGACCGAUGGGCCAAGCAACAGUCCUGAAGGGAUAGCGAUGAAUGCUUCCUCGUUGCCAAUAGCUCAGCAUCCAACGGUAAUGGAGGCCUUCCCUACACCGAAUAGCAUCUCGUCAUGGCAUACGAGAGAACAGGAGGUCUCUGGUAUGAAUACUCAUACAAGAGAUGUUGAAUUCUACGGUAGUUCUUCAUCUGUUGCUCUGCUGUCGCAUGUUCGACGAACUGGGGAGGAGGACAACGAUGGUGAUGAUGCAGGUGCACUUCUCUCCUCGUUGCAUAAUCCUCACUUUGAUCCAAGUGGAUCGCAAGAUACCCAGAGAGGGAGAAAGAGUACGGAAGAGUCUGAUAACUCACCGUGGUAUCUACAAUGCCGCAACUUUAUAGACGGUUUCUUCUCCGCGAUCCACUACAUUCACCCGAUUCUGGACAAGACUUCGUUCGUGCAACGCUGCGAGUCCUUGUGGGCAGGUGAGGGGCCGGAGAAUAAGAGGAUUACAAGUUUUGUGGCUUUGUAUUAUAGCAUCCUCUCGAUCGGUGCGUUGGUUGGGACGAGAGAGGAUGAGCUCAUCGAUGGCAUAACAAAUCUGGCCUGGAGUCGGAAGUUCUUUGAUCGAGCUAAGGACUGCUGUAACAGGCUGGGCAUGGUCACUGACCUAGAUAUGGUCCAAUGCUAUUUUAUUUUGGCCAAAGUCUGCCAAAAUGAACUGCAUCCCCAUUUGUCAUACAUGUAUGUUGGCCUUGCCAUAAGAACAGCCCUGGCAAUGGGCAUAAAUCGUGAGCCGGGACCCAACAGCAAGAAGCCGCCAUCGUUACUCAGAGCAGAGACACGAACCUGGUGGGGCCUUUACUCUUUAGAGACACCAGAUACUCUAGGAGCAGACCUCUAUCAUAACCGACGAUUCCCACGUAUCAGUAAUGGUCAAAGCGAAACCGGCAUGGAUUCUGAGAUGUCCGAGCAUCCUUGUUGCGCCAUCAUCGAGCACAUGCAUUUACCUGCCGGAAACGACGAUACCGAUGAUGGUGGCGAUGGCUGGCCAGAUCGAAAGAGACCUGGAGGCGUGGACACAGAAGCUGCCCGAGGCGAUAAGGCCAAUGGGAUCAUCUACUCAGGUACCGUCUUUGAGAGGUGUCAGGGAUGUUCAGUGGGUGAAGCGCCAAAGACUUGUACUAAACUUGCGAUAUCACAACCUGAGAAUACUCCUCUUCGGGUCCUUUCUGUUGAGAAGUGUCUUGAGUCGGCAAAGCAGACGAUUGAAACCAUAUAUCAGACUUACCAGCACAGCGACUUCUUCCGAACAUGGUUCUACAACACGACAUACACAGUUUUCGCCGCGAGCAUAAUACUGGUAUACAUGACCCAAGACGCAGUCGAGAGCGAAAUGCAACCUUUACUUCGUCUAGUAGAUAUGGCGAUCGAGAUACUCAUGAUCAUGGACGAGUGCGUCGUUGCGCUACAAGCGGCGAAGCUGUUACAGGGAGCGAGAGAAAAGGCGACACAGAAGUCGUCUCAAGUUGCUGUGGCCGCGAAUCCAGGGACGUCGUGGCCUGAUGGAAUGGUGUACUUGAAUCACUAUUGGGGACCGCUGAAUUUGUUGGACGGGGACUUGGAUCAGAAUCUCGAUAUGUCGUCGAUAGACUUUGAUGCUGCGAGCUUAUUUAUGUCGAUGCCUCAUUAG